CCGGUCACAUAUCAGAGGGACGCACAUUUUGUUGUUGUCAAAAUAUUUUCCACGUUGUUAGCUAGCUAGAGCAUGAGUGUGGUUUCGGAGACAGAUUGUAUCUUUAUUUAACUCAGUAACUAAAAGGCAGUAUGGUUGGAAAGAUAAAGCGGGUCCGUGAAAAGCUUCAUCAGGCUGCGGUUAAACUUGACAGUCCUCCGUCCGGUGGCGCAAGAUCCACAGAUUUAGAAAAGGCACCGAUUCCUGUGAUCACAAGUGGUUCAUUCAUCUUCGAUGUAAACAAGACAAACAAUGCACAGCUGCACAUAAAGAAGGAUGAAAACGCGAAGAAACCACUGAGUUCCUUUCCAAGUGGAAUCUUUGCUGGCACACAAAUCAGCCCUGAAGCCCUCGUGCAAACUCUGAAGUGUGAAGAACCAUCCAAUGACACUGGUACACCUGCACAGAAAGUCCCUGAGGAGAAGAAGCAGCAGACGAAGAAAGAGAAGAUGAAGGAGAGGCGAGACAGGUGGCUAAACAAGAUCAGCUCCAUCAAGCUGGCCAAGGAGCAACAAGUGGCCCAGGCUAAGAGGGCGGCCAUGCCUGUUGUGGGUGACAUGAGGCCGCUGGCAGACGCCCUGCCAGAACUCUGCCAGCUCAUCCCCGCCACCACCAGGACCUCCAGAAAGGCCUCCAGAAAGAAUAGGGUGCCAGUGAAGAAGAAGCCAGAACCAACAGACUUCAGCCUGAUGAAGCCAGCACAAAAACGCAAACUCCUGGAGAGUGAGACCAGCCGGUUUAGUGAAGCUGUGAAGAACCUGGCACACAGCAAGACUAACCCUCUGGCAGCUAUUGGUGAGCAUCUCAGGAAGAGACUGAAGCAGGAAGAGGAGCAGGGGCCUAGCUAACCUGUUCGACUGGAGACGCCAUUUGGAUCUGCAGUUGAGCAUUCCCCACCCCCACCCAGAGACAGGGAUCGUGUUUGAGAUCUACCACGUUGCAGUCGGCAACUGCAGACUAGCUGACUGAUCUAGAAAUAACCUUGCACCCUAAAUAACUACUUAUUAUAAUUGGUAGAUCAGUCAUAAAUUGAUGCUUUCGAACACAGUCAUGACACAAGAAAGCCCCUGCCUUUUUUAUUUAAGGGCAGUCCUGAUGCCUGCAUCCCUGUUCCCUGUGCCCAAUCUACCAAACCUGCCAAAAUCAUUGAGAUCUUUUGAUUGAAGUGGUUUUGGUCAUUGUGCACUACACCAUUAAAACAUCAGAGGACUUACAGGUUGUCUGAGUAACGGCGAUGUUUACGACACCUAAUUAGAUCAUGCCCCCAGUUCUGGAGAAGUUGAAAAUGAAUAGUUACUUUUGUGAAUGAGGAAAAAUAAACUGAUGUUGUAAAUGUUGAGAUUUAGAUCAUCAAAAUGACUCCUUUCAAUUUUUGUACAGUAUCUCUUCCACAUUUCUUUUAGGCGAUAUUAAAAAUGCAGUACGGUA